GGGUCUCCAGACGCGACGGUGUACGUCGGGGGGCUGGAUGAGAAGGUCAGCGAGCCGCUGCUCUGGGAGCUCUUUCUCCAGGCAGGACCCGUGGUCAAUACCCACAUGCCCAAGGAUCGAGUCACGGGCCAACACCAAGGCUAUGGAUUCGUGGAGUUCCUCAGCGAGGAAGACGCUGAUUACGCCAUCAAGAUCAUGAACAUGAUCAAACUGUACGGGAAACCCAUCCGAGUGAACAAAGCCUCUGCCCACAACAAGAACCUGGAUGUGGGAGCCAACAUCUUCAUCGGCAACCUGGACCCUGAAAUCGAUGAGAAGCUGUUGUACGACACCUUCAGCGCCUUCGGGGUCAUCCUCCAGACCCCCAAGAUCAUGCGAGACCCCGACACGGGGAACUCCAAGGGUUAUGCCUUCAUCAACUUCGCCAGCUUCGACGCCUCGGAUGCCGCCAUCGAGGCCAUGAACGGGCAGUACCUCUGCAACCGCCCCAUCACCGUCUCCUACGCCUUCAAGAAGGAUUCCAAAGGCGAGCGGCACGGCUCGGCCGCCGAGCGGCUCCUGGCAGCCCAGAACCCCCUCUCGCAGGCAGACCGACCCCAUCAGCUCUUCGCCGACGCUCCUCCUCCUCCAUCCGUCCCCACUCCUGUUGUCACCUCCCUAGGACCUGGUGUCACCCCUCCAGGCCUCCCACCCCCAGGAUCAUUCCCCCCACCAGUACCACCUCCCGGAGCGAUGCCCCCUGGCAUGCCUCCUGCCAUGCCACCCCCACCCAUGCCACCCGGGGCAGGUGCUCCUGGUCCCCCCUCCGGGGCUGCACCCACUGGGGGACACCCCCCUCACCCACACCCCUUCCCUCCAGGUGGGAUGCACCACCCAG